GGCUGGGAUGAGUUCUGAGCUGGAGGACGGAACAGUAGCAGCUCUCCAGUAUCAUCACAGAGCUACAGCUAACUGGCACUCGGUUGUUUUGAUACAAUGAUGGAAGAUGAAGAGUUAGAAUUUGUGGAGGAUUUGGACGCAAUUUUACACCUUACCCCCGAAGUGCAGCUGGCCAUCGAACAGGUGUUUCCCAGUCAGGACCCACUCGAUCGAGCUGAUUUCAAUGCAGUUGAAUACAUCAACACUUUGUUUCCAACUGAGCAGUCACUCGCAAAUAUAGAUGAAGUGGUGAAUAAAAUUCGCCUGAAAAUCAGACGACUGGAUGACAACAUCAGGACGGUGGUGAGGGGACAAACUAACGUGGGACAGGAUGGCAGGCAGGCUCUGGAGGAGGCUCAGAUAGCCAUCCAGCAACUGUUUGGCAAAAUCAAAGACAUCAAGGACAAAGCGGAGAAAUCGGAACAAAUGGUAAAAGAGAUCACCCGGGACAUCAAGCAGCUGGACCAUGCAAAACGUAACCUAACCACGUCCAUUACUACCCUUAAUCACCUGCACAUGCUAGCAGGAGGUGUGGAUUCUCUGGAGGCCAUGACACGCAAGAGGCAGUAUGGGGAGGUGGCCAACUUGCUCCAGGGAGUGGUCAAUGUGCUGGAGCACUUCCAAAAGUAUAUGGGCAUCCCUCAGAUCCGCCAACUGUCUGAAAGAGUGAAAGCAGCACAAAGCGAACUAGGCACACAAAUCCUAGCUGACUUUGAUGAGGCUUUUCCUGCACAGGGCUCAAAGAGGCCUGGAGGCCCCAGCAUUGUGCUCAGAGAUGCCUGUUUGGUGGCCAAUGUCCUGGAUCCUCGGAUUAGGCAGGAAAUAAUCAAGAAGUUCAUUAGGCAGCAUCUCUCUGAGUACCUUGUGCUCUUUCAAGAGAACCAGGAUGUGGCAUGGUUAGAUAAGAUUGACCGGCGCUAUGCAUGGAUAAAGCGUCAACUAGUGGACUAUGAGGAGAAGUACAGCCGCAUGUUCCCUGAAGAGUGGUGCAUGACCGAGCGUAUAGCUGUGGAGUUCUGCCAUAUCACCAGGGCUGAGUUGGCCAAGUUGAUGCGAGCUCGUGCCAGAGAGAUUGAGGUCAAGCUCUUGCUCUUUGCUAUUCAGAGGACCACCAAUUUCGAGGGGUUGCUGGCUAAGCGCUUCUCAGGCAGCACCUUGAGCAACGGCCCAGCGAAGAGACCGGAGAUGCCCUUGGAGCCCACUAACCCUUUUCUGGAGGAUGAGUCAGGAGAGGACAAUGUUUCUGAAAAGGAUGAAGAUCUGGUCAGGCCGAAGAAGCCCAAGACCCCAGAGAACCCGUUCCACGGCAUUGUUUCCAAAUGCUUCGAGCCUCAUCUCUAUGUCUAUAUCGAAUCACAGGACAAGAACCUCGGCGAGCUGAUUGACCGCUUUGUGGCUGAUUUCCGAGCGCAGGGUCCCCCUAAGUCGGGCACUGAAGAAGGGGGAGCUGUGUUGCCCAGCUGUGCAGAUCUCUUUGUAUACUAUAAAAAGUGCAUGGUGCAAUGCUCUCAGCUGAGCACAGGAGAGCCCAUGAUCGCCCUCACUACCAUCUUCCAGAAGUACCUGCGCGAGUAUGCCUGGAAGAUCCUGUCUGGGAACCUGCCCAAAACAAGCAGUAACAGUGGAGGUUUAACCAUCAGCAGUCUAUUAAAGGAAAAAGAGGGUUCGGAGGUGGCCAAAUUUACCACAGAAGAGCUCUGUCUUAUAUGCAGUAUCCUCAGCACAGCCGAAUACUGCCUUGCUACCACACAACAGCUGGAGGAGAAGCUAAAGGAGAAAGUGGACAAGCCGCUUAUGGAGAGGAUUAACCUAACAGGAGAGAUGGACACCUUUAGCACUGUGAUCUCCAAUAGCAUCCAGCUUUUAGUUCAGGAUCUGGAUGCUGCAUGUGAUCCAGCCCUCACAGCCAUGAGCAAGAUGCCAUGGCAGAGUGUGGAACAUGUUGGUGACCAAAGUCCCUAUGUCACUUCUGUCAUCAUGCAUAUUAAACAGAAUGUACCAAUCAUCAGAGACAACCUGGCUGCCACCCGCAAAUACUUCACUCAGUUCUGCAUCAAGUUCAUCAACUCCUUUAUUCCAAAGUUCAUCAACCACCUGUUCCGGUGUAAACCCAUCAGCAUGGUUGGAGCUGAGCAGCUUCUAUUGGACACACACUCUCUGAAGACUGUUUUGUUAGACCUCCCAACCAUUGGCUCUCAAGUCCUUCGCAAAGCUCCAGCGAGUUACACUAAAAUAGUGGUCAAAGGGAUGACUCGGGCAGAGAUGAUUCUUAAGGUGGUCAUGGCCCCUCAUGAGCCGUCAGUGGUGUUUGUGGAUAAUUAUAUCAAGCUUCUUGCUGAUGGCAACCCAGAGACUUUCCAGAAAAUUCUAGACAUGAAGGGACUGAAGCGCAGUGAGCAAAGCAGUAUGCUCGAGCUCUUCAGACAGAGGUUACCCACUCCCCCCUCAGGGCCAGACACAGGACCCUCUAUGUCCUUCAGCGCUCCAACCCCUGAGCAGGAGUCCUCACGCAUCCGCAAACUUGAAAAGCUCAUCAAAAAACGAAUUCAGUGACCAUUUCUUCGUCAAUGUAUUACACAGGACUUGUUAAAGCGAUAUGCGAUUAUGACUCUUCUGCAGUGUCUUAACUCAUAAAGCGUUCAAAGUGGCAUUAUUUACACAUGUAAAAGCAAACAUUCCCAUAUUAACAUGAAUCAGCCAUCUUACACCGAAAACCUUAAAAUAACGAAGCUUUCAUUCCAUUAAUUAAUGUAAACCCCAUGAAUCAGAAGUUGUUUGUAAAAUUUCCUGUAACACAUUGCUACAUUGCUGGCAUGUAUGAGUCAUUUACCCUUGUGUCCCUGAGGUUUUCCUUUUUUUCUUUCUCUUUUAUAACACUAAUGCACAGGCUUUCCAUAGUGGCUGAACGCAUGCCGUUUACUUUGCACGUUUCUCUGAAAUAUGUUUGCACUUAAAGCAAAGUGGAUGGCAGAGCAAUGCAGAAAAUUACCCUGCUGCUGCUUUGGCACCAAUUCUUCCGGCUUGGGAGUCUGAACAUUGGAAUGAUUUAAGGGCAGGGUUUUCUUUAAAUGUCCCCUUCACCCUUUACAGUAAAUAGUCGUGAGGCACUCUGUGAUUGGUGUGUGUUAGGGGACUCUGUGUGUAAAUGGCACUGGUCUGUAAUUCAGUCUCCAGGUUUAGGAGUAGAACCCUAGGCGCUCUAUGCCACAGAGAAACUAGGGAUUUCCUGUCUCUCAAUGGGACACAAACAAGUUGCCUUUCUUCCCCUCAGAAUUGACAAAACUGUAGAGGUUCAAAGAUAUUUUGAGAUGUAUAUCAGCACAUGAGCAGAUCUUGAGUACAGAGUGUUUCUGAAUCUCUGUAAUGUCUUGUAAGGCCUUAUGAAGGGCCUUUGGAUAACUGUAGUCAUAUAUUUUGUGACAUUAGAUUUGAUGCUUAAGAAUCAAGGGUGAAAAUGUAAAAUAUUUAUAUGGUUUUCUGUCUAUAUACAUGUUUGCCUGUUAAUGGAUAUGAUUUUAGAGAUUUUUUUUUUUUUGCUAUGUAUGAGGUAGGGUGGGGCUUUGGCCAUCUCUGUUGUACUUUUUACUCUGACUACACUGCUCUUAAUCAUACAAUUGUCAUUAAAAGUCAUAGCAAAAACUUU